UUUUCACCUCCGAAACUGGAAUUCCUCUCCGAAUCGAAAUCAAAGCUUUUCCAUCGAAAUUUUCUCCUCCUAAUCCGGAAAUAUCUCUCCGAAAUGGGAAAAUUCAACACGAAGAAGAGGAAAAAACCAACCGAAGCUAAUGAUUAUGGUGAAUGGGACUAUGAAAAUGCUUCAUUGCCUAAUGGUUUUAACGUUGCCUUGAUCAAGCCGGCGAUAACACAGUUUCUCCUAGCUAAGGGCUAUUAUGGUGAUUUGUCUUUGACAAUGGUUGUGUCUGAUGCAAGCGACAGCCGAAAGAUACAUCGGGAUACAUACAGAGCAUUAUAUUAUAUCAUCAGCUUGAUAUACUCCUGGCGCAAUUCUUUGUUAGUAUAUCAGGCUGAUGAUAUUUCUGUGUUUCAUAUUGGUCUUAAUUGUUUUUUAUAUGUUUCAGGGGGUGGACAAGUCUCUGAUGUUGAUAUCUAUCGUGAGAUUCAUACCUGGAACCUAGUAAUAUAAAUAGGGGAAGAUAAUAUCAGAUUUUAUUGCUUCAAAAA